AUGAAAAUAGAAGAUGAAUCAACGGCAAGCACCAGUUCCUAUGGUGAUAUGGUGAGUUAUCGAAAGAUUAUUCCUCAGAAAGCACUAUUUUCAGCCACCGGCAAGUGCAAAACUAUUGAAAAACAUCAAAAAUGCAAAAACCACCGAGGAAUUUAUCAUCGAGAUCAAUAAAGGGCGAGAGGUGCAUUCUGUUAUGGGGAAAACAGAAUUGUGCCGCUGGACAGAUGUAUUGAAUCGAUGUGAUGAAGUUCUCGAGGAGGCAAUCACAAAAAACACCAAAAAUGAGUUGUGUUGUGAUCAUGAUCCAAAAGUGAAAAAGCAAGCAAUAUCAGUUCUUCGCUUCACAAUUCUUCUUUUUGAAUGCACUUCUUCAAGAAGAGUUUAUCGAAGUAUGGAUGUAAGUUAUCCUAAAUAGAUCUAAAUAGAAUAAAAACACAUAAAUAAUGUAAUUUUUCCAGCGUAUUCUUGUUCUCCUCGAAAGUACUGAUAUGGACAUGUUGGCCGAAGUUUUGCGUCUUUUGCAAACAAUGGGAAAACGCUCAAAAUAUUUGACACAACGUGUUCCGGUCGCCGAACAACACACUCUUGUCCAUCAUUUGACAGCGAUCGCACAAUGUUGGGGUGGAAAAUUGAGACAUGUGAAAAUGUCGGAAUGUAUGAAGAAGGAACCACAACUUCCAGCAUUUUUUCCAUUUACUUAUACGGAUAGCAAACAAAGAAGUGUUACGAUUGAAAAACCAAAGGUUAAUAUUCAAUCGACUAAAUGACAUUUUCAUGUUUUUUAGCAAACGAGUUGAAAUAUUGGAUUUUAAUCGUAUUCAUAGGAUAGAAAGGUCUAACAAGGGAACUGUUUCAACUUGUAAUCGAUAUUUUUAAUGAAAUAUAUGUUUUCUAGUAGUUUUCGACCCGCUGAUCACGAUUCCCUUGUCCAAAACUGCAAAUCUCAACUCCUAACAUGAGUUAUGACGUGGCAAAGUUGGAAAAUUGGGACUUUGAAGCGUCCGAACUCGUCUUCAAAAUUAUUUUUAUGCAAAUCUAAUAGCAUAGGGUUGUUCAACGAUUGUUCAACGCUAUGCCAUCAGAUUUUCAUAAAAAUAAUUUUGAAGGCGGACCCUUCAAAGUUCCAAUUUUUCAAAAUUUUCCAACUUUGCCACGUCAUGCCAUGUUAGGAGUUGAGCUUUGCAGUUUUGGACAGCGGGAUCGUGAUCAGCGGGUCGAAAACUACUAGAAAACAUACAUUUCAUUAAAAAUAUCGAUUGCAAGUUGAAACAGUUCCCCAUCGAAUGAUGUAAAUUUUUAUGACUUUACGUUAUCCAUAAGUGAUUUAACGACGUUUAGACGAUCUUAACGACUAAAGUCAUUAAAAUUCAUAUCAUUCGGUUCGCCGUAGACCUUUCUAUCCUAUGAAUACGAUUAAAAUCCAAUAUUUCAACUCGUUUGCUAAAAAAAAACAUGAAAAUGUAAGAUUCUCAGACGAAAUUAACUUUUUUGCCAUUUUCCAGCCUGGAGAAUGUGUUGCGGAAUUGGUUGAGAAAUAUAAAAAUCAAUUGAGUCCACAUACAUCGCCUGAUGCAUCAUCUCCAUCACCAUUUUCAAAAGAGGAUAAAUAUUAUCUUCUCUCACGUCUUCGAAUGUUGAAUGGUUUUGAUCAAUGGCUUCAUCGUUUCAAAUGUCUCGUUGUUCGCCUUCUUUCCGUCUCCACCUUGAUUUAUUGUAAAUGUCGAACUGAUGACAAUCCAGUCGGUGCACUUUUGUAUAAUGGAUUUGUUGGUGAACUUGUCGCAUUAUUGAAAACCGAAAAAGAGAAAAAUGAUAACGACAAAGAUUAUGCGAUUUUGGAUCGAGUUCAUACAGAAGUUUUGGCAACUCUUUGUAGUAUUGUGAAUUAUGAGAAAGAGCCGAAGAUUCCGCAGAUUUUGGAAGCAUUGUCAGCCGGAUCAUACCACGGAUUCCUUUGUGUUUUGACACGACAAGUUGUCGACGAGUUGAAGAAUAACAAUUUGAACAAACCUGGAAAACCAUCAGUCGGACUUGCUACAGCCCUUUUCUCCUUUAUUUAUCAUCUCGCAAGCGUUGAACCAGGCGGUGAAACAUUGGUUGGAAGUGGAUUGACACAAACAUUGUUAAGUGUUAUUGAUUUUCAUGAAUUGCCUCUUGAAUUAAUCACAUUUGGUACAAGAUGUGCGAGAAUUAUCGAUUUGUUCACAACGAUUGACGUCACUGCAUUCAAAACACAUAAAGGCAUGGAAAUUUGUGUGAAUCGAAUUGUUCAUGAGAUAGAGGAAUGUCGAAAAGAACAACCGUUUAUGAUUGAUACUUCUUAUGAUAUGCCAUUUGAAGAGAAUGCUCCAUCUGCUGCUCCACCAGCUCCACAAGUUGAGAAUAAUGAAGAUGAGAAUGAUGUGACUCUUGAUAUGUGGGAGAAUAAUGAGCCAACGACUUCAAUCACACCAACACCGGCAACUGUUGCUGCUUCUGCUUCUGCUUCAGCUUCAGCUCCACCACAAAAAAGUGAAACUGGGGAGGUUAUCCAAGGUGGUCCUUGGAUCAAAUCACCGCACACUGGUUUGACUUGUCAUCAACAACGAAGCGGUUUGAUUAAGGGAUUGUUGACAUUUGUGAAGCGAGUCAUUCAAGACGCGCAAUUCAAUGAUGUGAUUCGACAUAUUAUGGAUAGUGGAUUGCCAACUGCAUUGACGCAUAUUUUAUCGAAUGCCGAGUAUUAUUCACCAUCGUUGUUUCAUCAAUCAGCUCAAUUGAUUACCAAUUUUGUAUAUCAGAAUCCGGAUCAAUUGUCGGUUUUGCAACGAAGACAUGUGCCGUUUGUGUUGUUUCAAAGUUUGUUGAGAAAAGAGGUUGGUUUUGUUGCUGCUUACGAAGUGCAUAAGGUCGAACUUUUGAUGAAACAUGGCAGUUUUUGAAUCGGACCAGGUCCGAUUUUUUGAGAAAAAUUCUGAAUCGGACCCGAAAAAUCGGCCCACUUUUUCAAAAUUUCCUGAUUUUUGCACCAAAAAUUGACUUUUUUGAAAAAGUGGUCCGAUUUUUCGGGUCCGAUUCAGAAUUUUUCUCAAAAAAUCGGACCUGGUCCGAUUCCUUUUUUGUGGUCCGAUUCCUAUUGAAAAAUGUCACCCUGAUCCGAAUCAGAAAACCCUCAAAAUCGGGUCCGAUUAAUUGGACCUGGUCCGAUUCAAAAUUUGCCAUGAAACAUAUCGAAAUAUUCCAAAUCGAACAUGCUGAUCACGAUUCCGAAGUCAAAAAUUGCCACAAACUCCUGUGAGCACUUUUCUGGAGCUCCGAGUUUUGGGGGUGGAAAAUCUCCAGGGUGGAAAAUCAAUUUUUAUAACUUGAAUAAGCUAUGAGCUUUUUAGUUAUUCAAAAAUAUGAAAAACCAGCUGAAAACUGUAAUUUUUCAAAAUGCACAAAAAAUUACAGUUUUCAGUUGGUGUUUUAUAUUUUUUGAUAAACUAAAAAGCUCAUAGGAUGUCGAAUGUGGUGAACAACCUUAUUCAAAUGAUUUUCCACCCAGGAGGUGAAAAUGGACGAAAACCAAAACUCGCAGCUCCAGGAAAGUGCUCACAGGAGUUUGUGGCAAUUUUUAACUUCGGAUUCGUGAUCAGCAUGGCCGAUUUGGUAUAUUUCGACGUGUUUCAUUAUUUAAAAGUUCAACACCUAGCGGAUUUUUUCAAGUGUUAUAUUAUUCCCCGUUUUUUUCCAGCUUCCAAAUAGUCGUGAUGUUAUUCAAAACAUUGGAACCGUUUUCACUGCUCUUUGCCUCAAUGAACGUGGAUUGAAUCAAUUCAAAUCCUACGAACCUUUCGAUCAAAUCUUCCGCAUUUUGCUCAGUGUCAAAUUUUUGGUUUCAAUGAAAAAGAAGCGAAAUGAUAUGAGCGAAGUUGUUCGAAGUUUGGGAAUCGCAUUAGAUGAUUUGCUCCGUCAUCACACUGAAUUGAAACAAAGUAUGAUAAAAUCGGUGAUCAAAGUUUUGGACAAAUUAAUCAAUUGUGGACAAAACCCGCCGCCAAACACUGAAAUUGUAAUGGCGUUGGCGAAAAAUGUGGCGAAAAGUAUGAUGUUGAAUAAUCUUUGCCCACCAACACAACCGAUUGUUGAGGAACAACGUGUUGAAGAAGUUGUUGUUGUUGAAGAAUCAAACAAUGAAGAGAAUGCGGAUGAACCGAUGGAAGAAGAAUAUGAAAAUGAGAUUUAUGAAGAGUCAGAUGUUGAUGAAGAAGCUGAAAUGUCGAUGGAUGAAAUGAGUGGAGAGGGAAUUGUGGCGAAAAAUGAGGGAAAUAGUGCAAGCACAUCAUCUUCACAAGUCAAUUCGAUUGUUAAUGAAUAUGAUGCUGGUCUUGAUAUGACUUGUGAUGAUGGAACUGGAAAACGACUAUUGCCACUUGGUGAUUAUAUGAAUAUUGCAGCAACGGUGAGGUUUUGUUGGAGAAUUGGAGAAAUAUACAUUUUUGAAGGGUUUUCAGAAGUGUUUAGCUAAAUUUUUUUUCUGAAAAUUUAAAUUUUUAUUCGAAAAAUACUGAAGACUAAAAAAAAUAGGAUCUUUCAAUUUUCUAUUUUUCCCUUUCACAGAUUUUCGAAUCAUUCAUGACACAAUCUUCAAAUGUUCAAAUGGUCGAUGAAUUUGUUGAGCAAGGAGGAAUCAAGAAAAUGCUCACAUUGUGCCAACUUCCAUGCCUCAAUAAUGAUAUUGCACAAAGUCAUUUUUCACAAUCACUCGCCAAUAUCGUCAAAUUCAUUGUUUUCCAACGAAACAGCGAUAGUUCGCCACGAUUGAUGUCGUCGGUUAUGACGGUUUUCCUUGAAACUAUUGGACCGCUCUUCAAUAAUUCGAGCUCGUUUCCGGUUUUGAAUCAAGGUAUUUUUGAUUUUAUAUUAGUUUUCAGCGAGAAAUUUGGAGCAUUUUGAUAUUAAAUAUGCUCAAGUUUGGGGUCAAAAUGCUUCAAAUUUCAGCUCGAAAUUUGGAGCAUUUUGACAUCGAACAUGCUCAUAUUUAGUCUCAAAAUGCUCCAAAUUUUACGUGAAUUCUGAAAAUCCUGAAUUCAGCUCAAUUUUUGGAGCAUUUUGAAAUCAAAAAAUGCUCCUCUUAGUCUCAAUCUGAAAAUCCUAAUUUUAUCAAUUUUUUGCAGUGGAAGAAACUAAGCAAACAGCUUCGAUGAUGAUGAAAAUCGGUGAUAAAUUGAUCAAUGAAACACUUGUGAAUUUGAACAAUAUUCUUCCGGUUCUUGUUAUGAUCAGCAAAGCUCCCAUCAAUUCUCAAAUGCACACUGAAAUGCGCAAUCGAGUUUUCGAAACAUGGAAAACACCCGAAGGUUGCAAAUUGUAUGCGUUGCUUCGAAGAUUGUCGAGAAUGUUGGUUUGGGAAUCGGCACUUAUUCGAUCGUUGAAACCAUCUAUACGAACUUGUGCCACGCAAACUGAUCCAGGAGAAUUGAUUGCUGGAAAAUUGCCGAAUGAACAGUUAGUUAUACAUAAAGGGAAUGAUUUUCAGCUUUUUUUUUCCAGACGCCCUGAUUUCACUGCCCUGGAUCAAGAAGUUUGUGUUGAACGAGCUGAAAUAAAAGAGCCGCAAGAGAAGCAUUGGACAAGUUUCGGUGUCACGCAAGAGGAAUUCAAUUUCUGGGUUUCGAACAAACAAUUGGCGGAUUUGGUGCAAAAAUCGAAUCGACUUGUUUCGGAAAUGUUGACACUUGUUGGAAAAUCGAUAUCUACCGUAUCAUCGAAUGGAAGAAGACCAAGAAGACCGAUGGAUAAUGGAUCAUCGCUACUUCCAGCUGCAACGUGGGUUUUUUAAUUGGGGUUUGGAAUCUGAAAUUAGAGGUUCUUUUUCUAGUUUCGCAAAAUCUACGUUUUUCCACGAAAAGUCUAGUUUUCACUGAUUUUUUGAAGAACAAAUUUUCUUAACAAAAAAAAUCCACAUUAAAAAUUUUCUUCGGGCAGCUGCAUUGCAGGUGUGACCUCUAAAAAAUUCAAAUUUAGAUUUUUUUCAACUGAUAGACCCAGGUGUGUUUCCAAAUUGAAAAAAAUAAAAAAAAUCCACACUAUAGACAUUUUUGAGACACCUGCAGUGUCUAGAAAACUAAAUUUUUUUUUCUCAAAAUUGUAAUCUUGUUGGCCGAGAUUUGUUUUGAAAAAUGUUCAUUUCUCCACAAAUAAAAAACUUUUGAAAUUUACUAAUUUUCAGUCUGAAAUCUCCCGUUUUUCCAGACAAUGUGCAACAAUGGUGUUUAGUUCAAUCUACAAAGAUUUGAAAUGGAAACCUCAAGCCAUCAACAAUUCGCCAAUGGGAUAUUCAAGAUAUACCGAAUUGUUAUCCCAAAUGUCAACAACUCUUUUCGAUGAUCAUUCGAGAGCCGCAAAUCCGUCGAUCAUUCAUCAAUUCUACAAAAGUGGAUGUCACAAAGCCUUUUUCGAAUUGUUGGUCGAUAAUUUGGCACCGUCUUUGGAAGGAUAUUCGAAAAAUGGGUUGAGUGAAGUGCUUGUUGAGUGGUGUAGAUUGGCUGGAAAAUUGGCGAAUCGAAAUAAUAUGACACAAAAUGAUGGAUCGGCGAGAACAAAUCAUCGAUUUGGAUUGAGUAUGGAUUUUGAUGUUAACAAGUAUUUGAAACUUGUUUGUCGCGUAAGAUUUUUGUUUUUUUUUCAUAUCUUUCGAAAAUAUUUGUUUUUUACAGGAUUUGUUCAACGCGUUCACUUGUUUGUUCGAAAGAUUAUCAUUAUGUGAACAUAACGAUCUUUCUUCGUAUCAGGAAUUGUGUGAGAAUGCGUUUUCGGUGUUCAACGAGGUGCGUUUUGUGAUAAAUUUGGGAGCGGGGGAGUUAACUCUAGUUUAUGGGCAAAAAACUUUGGGGAAAUAUUUGGCCAAAUUUUUGUUUUAAAAAAUUCACAUUUUAUCCGAAUGAAUUUAAAAAUCAAAACUGGUUUGAAAAAUUCAAAAUUACUGUAAAUAAAAACAUACAUUUUGACAAAAUUUAAAUUUCAAUUAUUUUACUCGAUUAUUUUAGGGUUUUUUGAUUUCUCCCUAUUAUUUUAGGGUUUUUUGAUUUCUGAAUCGAAAAAACUAUUUUUUUUUAGUUUUUUUCGACCUGAAUUACCCCAUAAAAAUUGCAAAUUUUAUCCGGAUGAAUUUGUAUUUUUUGUUAGAAUUAAAAAAAAAAUUCAAAACUGGUUUGAAAAAUUAGUGACAAUUAAAAAAAAUACAUUUUUCCCGAAAUGCUGAACUUUCAAUCAUUUUCAAUAUGUUUUCCCAGGUUGCUCGAAAUUUGGCGGAAGACAGUAAAAAUAGUGGCUCAGAAACUCCGGAUUCCAACGAUGACUGGGGAACAGGUCCACAUGUACGACCAGCUGUCCCAAUUGUUAUGCCAAGAGACGAAAGUCAAAUUCAAAUGUUGAUGGAAAUGGGAUUCGGGCGAGAGACUGUUAUUCGAGCAAUUGAUUCGACUCGCAGUAUAAAUGAUGCUGUUAGUAUGUUAUUAAGCAAUAAUGAUGUGCCACCAGAAGGUCAUGCUCCACCGCCACCAACUUUGGGUGCUCCUGCUACUGAAGCCGCUGCACCACCACCUCCCGAAGAUGCUUCCACUCCAAAUGUUCCCGCCACCCCAGCUGCACCUGGUGAAGCUUCUGCUCUACCACCGCCGGUUGAGAGACCACCAAUAUCGACGGAAACGGUUGAAAGUUAUUUGGCAACAUUGACUAGAGAAAUUGGAGAGGAAUUGAGUGCGGAGACACGUUUGAGAUUCACGCGUGCGUUUAAUUCUUCAGCCGAUCGACAAGAGAGCUUGGCAAAUUUUAUUAAUCAUUAUUUCCAAGGAGAACAAGGGACUUCAGCUUCGGCCGAUGUUGCAUCAUCAUCUUCCACACCAACACCAAAAAUCGAGGAAGAGGAUGAUAUUGCAUUGCCGUUGAUUCCCCCAUUGAGAGAUUUGAAAAUCGAACAGGAUAUCUCGCUUCAAUCGGCUUGUAUGCAAUUGAUUCCACUCGUCAAACGUGUCAUGCAUGUCUCGUCGGAAUUGGUUUAUUCUUGUUGCGACCUGGUUCAAUCGAUUUUGCCAGUUGUGCCGGAAGAAUGGAAAAAGGAGGCGAUUAUUCAGAAGAUUCUUGUCGACGAGGUUAUUUUGAUGGUUGAAGAGAUUUUGGCGAAUGAGGAUUUGAGUGGAUUGCCGCAAUCAGUUAUGGAUACUUGUAAGGUGUUGGCGAAUCGUAUUCAUUUUGCCUGCUUGAUUUUUGAUAAAAUUGCCGAGGAUUAUAUUGAUGUUGCAAAAGAGCGCAAGCUUGUUUCGAGGCUUUUGACGUUGGUUGGAUUUUGUGAGCAGCGAUUUGUUUCGAUACCGACUUUGCAGAAUUUGUGAGUUUUUUGAUUUAGAAAAACCUGGGAUAUUUACGUUUCACAGUUUUACGGGGUAUUUAGAAUUUAUUAAAUUAUGAUUACGAAAUGAAAAUUUUUAGUGUGGCGAAAAUGGAAAUGACCUAUAAAUAUCAUAAAAAUGACCUAUCAAUAAAUUUCACAAUUUCGAAUUUUUGAAAAAUUUUUGAAACAGUAAAUUUUUGAGAUAAAUAAUAAAAUUCAACUGAACAAUCUAUUUUUUUUUUUAAAUUUGUUUUUGAAAUCGAUCAGCCGAAGGGAAUUUUCGCGUAAAAAUGAACUUUUUUAUUUGAACCAGUUCUUUACCGGAAAUUUUUCGAUUUUCCGGUUUUUUCAAGGAAAAAUCAAUUUUCCGGUUUUCCGGAAAAUGAUUUUUAAUAUUAAUAUUUUCAAUAUUGCCAAAAUUUUGAGGAAUUUCCCCAGUUUAUAAUAAUUUUUUGAAUUUUUUUUUUCAAUUUUUCAGAAUUUUACGAUUUUUUGAACGUAAAACGUCCCAAAUAGUUACUGAAAUACCAGUGAACAGAACGAUUGCAGAUAAAAAUAAGUUUUUGGGCCAACUCAGUGCUGAAAUUCGAAAUUUCAGACCUUGAAAAAUUUUCCUGAUUUUCCGGUUUAAAAAAUCCGGAAUUUUUCCGACUUUCCAUUUUCCGGGUUUCAAUUUUUCCUGAUUUGAACUUCAUUUAAUUCACAAAAUUUGCAGGAUUCUCUCACGUGUUAUUCUCUGGAUCGAUUUAUACGACAAAAAUCAUCGUUCAAUCUCGCGAAGAAAAUACUUGGAAUCCCUCUCCAAACAUCUUGUAUUCUCGUAUCAAAUUGAUGACGUGGCUGAGGUUGGAAUUCGAAGAAAAGAAAGAAAAUGGGUUGAAUAUGAAGAAGCGACACAAAAAGCGAUCAAUGAGGCAUUUUUCAGUGGAGUCAAGAGUUUCAAAUGUAUUGUGAAGCGGGCUGGGUUAGUUGAUAAAUAUAUAUUUUCUUUUUAAAAUAAUCAAUCAGGGUUUUUUUCAGACGACAACAGCCACGAAAACUUGAGAUUAAUUUCAUUGGAAUGUAUCAAUCUGAUAAUGGUGGACAAAGGGAUUAUAUUCGAGCUGAAAUUCCAGCAGAUGUUGCAAUUGAUAUUGAGAAAUUGGAAGAAUCGGAAAGAAAAUUGACAUGGACCGAAGAAGAGAAUCAACGACUUCUGGUUUUGACAAUUCAAUUAUUGCAAAAAGAAGAUGUUCAUCAAUUGUGUGCUCAAUCAUUGCUCAGUUUUGCAGCGAGACUUACGCGAAAUCCCGAAAGUGCUUCGAAAUUCUUGGAAGCUGGUGGAAUUGAGAGUGCGAUUCGUUUGAAAUGUUUGCCAAUGCCACAAGCGACUGGAGUUGUAUCGAUUAUUGUGCGAAAUUGUAUUGAUGACAACACAUUGUUGUCGCAGGUGUUUGAAAAAACGAUUCGAACUUCUGCAUCACCGCAAGCUUCGCAUAUUAUGGAUUAUUUGAAUCCGUCGACACCGAAGCCAAGAGAUUGGUAUACGACUUUGAAUCAAUUGACUGCACUUUCUAGCAGGUGGGAAUUUUGGGAUUCUGAAAAUGUCAAAAACACAAAAUAUUGUGGAUCAAAAAUUAUGGUUUCAAAUCUAAAAAUUACCCAAAAAUUCAAGUAUUUUGAAUAAUUCGUUCUCGAACUAUUGAAUCUAGGCCUGGAAAUGGAAUAUUUUCAGAAAUUAGGAAGGUUGAAGAAAAUCUAGGAAAUUCUAGGCCAGAAUACAAUUUUGAAAAAAAAAUCAGAAUUUCAGUUUUUAAAGGUCAAACUGACGAAUUCAGAGUUUUCAGGUGUCAAAAAUUGAACAAUUCACAGUUUUCAUACUGUAAAAAGUUAGCGAUUAGUUUUUUAUUUUGAAAAACAGGAUUUUGGCCGAGGUAUGAGAUUCUAGGGUAGGGUUGUCAUUGAAAAAAUUUCAGGAAAAUUGAAAAAAAUUUGUGAACCCUGUUCCAAAAAAAAUUCCCCCAAUUUCUUCAUUUUUCCAGAAAUCCGGCUGUUUUCGUCUCUGUUCUUGAAAAAUGCGCUAAACUCAACAACAAUGUGAUUAGUAUGAUUCCAAAAGAAACGACAAAAGAAGUCAAAGAACAACGAGAUCGACAACCAUCAACUUCAUCAAAAACAUCGAUCGAAGUAUCGCCGAUCAAUUUGAGAGUUCAAAAAGUUGUUGAAAUGUUGUUGAAUGAAAUAAUUCAUGGAACAUUCCCUCAAAAUGUUCGAAUGUUUUCGAGAGACAAGAUUCUUUUGCUCAUCUCCGAAUUGAUCAAAUCAUAUCCAUCGAUUGCGAUUGUUGUGACUGAAGCGCAAGAUGAAGGAAAAAGUGUGAUGUUGCAAUUGUUGGAAAUGUAUAUAUCAACGAAUCCCGAGAAAUUGGAAAUCGCAUCUGCUCUCAAAACUUUGAUUGCAAUUAUUUCGGCGGCUCCAAAUGUUGUUAGAGCACAAGAAUUAUUGAUUCAGGAUAUCAAAGGAGCUUUACAAGCAUUCUGUGAUCGAAUUGGAAAUGAGAAGAAGGAUGAGAAUUUGGCUGGAGCUAGCGGUGAUCAAUUUGAGGAGAAACCGGCGAAAAAUAUUAGCGAAUUGUGUGGAUUGAUUGUUACGAUGUGUGUUAGUUCGAAUGGUGAACAUCGAUCGAAAGAUAAAAUAUCGGCACAAUCGAAUAAUGUUGUCAAAUUGUUCCAUAAGAAAAAGAUUUGUAAUGAAUUGGUUCGGGCGAUUACUUGUUUGCAAGUUUCGACUAAGGUUAGUUUUUAAGGGGGAUCUGACAUAAAAAUCGAUAAAUUUUAAAUCAAAAGUUUGUCUCCUGGUUAAAAUUGCCAAAUUUUCACAUUAAAAAUUGGAAUUGAUAAAGAAACACAGCUCCUGACUUUUUAGCCAUGGUGUUUCACUGUUAUUUCGAACUUUGAAAUUUUAAUGUUUGAGAACAGACCUGGGAAAUUUUUACGUGGCACCUUUUUAAAAACCGUAAAAUCCCGUGAAUUUCGUAAAAUUUUGUUACUCAAUCUUUUCACUGAAAAACAGCAAAAACUUCUUCAAAAAUUUGGAUUGGUUAACUUAUCGUAACUCCGAAAAAUUUUUAAAAAUUUUAUUCACUAUAUCCAUCAAAAAUCAAUUAAUUAGGAUUUAAUCAAAAUUUUCUUUUAAAAAAUUUUGAGUUUUUUUUUAAAGUUUCAAUUUGAUUCUGUCAAAAUUCACUAUAUUUAGUGAUUUUUUACGAAUCAUUUUACGGUUUUUUGAGCCGUAAAAGUAAACGUAAAAAUUCCCAGGUCUGGUGGAGUCUGACAUAAAAAUCGAUAAAUUUUAAUUCAAAAGUUCGUCUCCUGGACCAGGAGUUAAAUAAAAUAAUAAUAAAAUUGCCUAAUAAAAAUCAUAAUUGACAAAGAAACAGAAGCUCCAAAGCCAUUUAACACGGUGUUUCAUUAUUGUUUGAGAAGCUUCCAGAAAAAUCCUUCGAGGAUUGGACUCACGAUCUUUCAAAUGAGCAAAACUUAUUUUUUUGCUCAGAAUCCACCUCUAACAAGGAAACAAAAGAUCUUUUUUUUAGGAUUCAAUCGACACGAUCAAUGGAAUUUUGAAAACUUUGGAUGUUCUUUUGGAGGCUGCCAAUGUUCCAGCUGCUGCUAAUAAUACAUUGUCAAAUGGAGUUCUUGGAUCUGCAAAUGGCGCAAGAACUGUUGGAAGAAUGGAAGUUGGAGUUUCGACAAGUCGAGAUGAGGCACAAAAUCCGCACGCAGCACUAGUUCAACUUGAACGUGAAGUUGCUGCGGCUGCGGCUGUUGUUGCGCGAGCCGAAGAAGAUGAUGAUGAAGACGAAGAUGAAGAAGUUCGCGAAAGAUUUGAGUUGGAAGAUGAUGAUGAAGAUGGAAUUGAUUGGAGAGGAAUUGUGAGAGAGAUUCGAGAAGCUGAAGAUGGUCGAAGAUUUAAUGAGAAUCAUAUGGAUUGGGAAGAGGCUGGUGAACGAAUGGAUGAUGAAGAGGGUUCGGAAGUGUCGGAUCAUGUUUCGGAAAGUGUUAGCGAGUAUUCGGAUGCGGAAGGUGAACGAGAAGAGGAGGCGAAUAAUGAGCCACAGAAUGCGGAUGAAGCUGUUGGAGAAGGACAAGUUGUGGAAGAAGCUAGUGAAGUUGUUGCGGCUGAAAAUCGAGAUGGCGAACAAGAGAUGGAUGUGACACAAAAUAAUGGAGAGGAAGAAGAAGAGGAUGAUGAGGAUGAUGAAGAUGAAGAGGACGAGGAUGAAGAUGAUGACGAUGAUGAUGAUGAGGAUGAGGGAGAUGAUGAAGAUCGAGAGGUUGAAGAGACUAUGCAAGAUGCGGGAGAACAAGGAGCGAGACGAAUUGAUGAGGAUAGUUUGGAAGAUGAUGAUAUGGAUCGAGAGGUUUUUGGAGGUUUUCCCAAUUAUACGAGAAUGGUGAGCGGUUUUUUUUUAGAAAAUUGAGAAUAGAAACCUGUUUCUGAAAACUAAAGGAAUUCUCAAAAAUUUAAAAAUUCGACAUUUUUGAAAAUAUUGCUCCAAAAGUUAUAAACGCGGUAUUUAUUCAAGCCAAAAUUUUUUCGCUGCGAAAGAUUUUUCAUUUUUGUGUGGAAAAAAUAGUUUUUUGACAUUUUCUGAAGCGGAAAUUUUUGUCCAAAAAUGUUUUUUUAAUUAUUUUUUUCGAUUUGAGUCACCCCAUAAAGGAAUGCUCAAAAAUUUAAAACAAAAUCGACAUUUUUGAAAAAUUGCUCCAAAAUAGUUAUAAAUGCAGUAGUCAGGAAGCCAAAAAAUGUUUUCCACAGAAAAAAUGAAAAAAAAAUAUCUUGAAUAUUUUUAAACUUGAGUUACCCCAUAACUAAAUUUUAAUUUAUCAUUUCAAAAAAAUCCCAGUUUUUCACAUUUCACAAAAAAUAUCACAUGACUGUUUUUGAAGUUACAGAAACUGUUUCUGAACAAAACCCGCUGAAAUUUCUGCAGAAAAUGUAAUUUUUAACUUGAAAAAGAAGAAAUCUGACAAUUUUGAAUUGAAAAUCAUGGAAAUUUGGCCUAAAUCUGAAUUUUUUUAGUCAUAGGAUAAAUUAUUGACCAUUUUUCUUCCAGCUCCAAGAAGAGAUGUUGUUGUUUGGUCGCUCGAAUAUGAGUUUUGCUGAAAUGUUGAGAAACGAUGAAUGGGAAAUGUUGUAUGUUCUUUUACCUCAUAAUUUGUAUUUACCCUCAAAUUAUCCAAUUUUCAGAGGUUAUCGAGAUCGUCGUCCACCGCCAAGACCAGUUCCAUCUGUUCAACAUCCACUUUUGACUCGACCACCACAAGAUGAUACUUCGCGUAAGUUUAAAAUGAAUUUCAGUUUUUAGAGGUCAAAAACUGACGAAUUCACAGUUUUUAGAGGUCAUACUGUAAAAAAAAUAGCGUACAAUUUUUAUUUUGAAAAUCACGUACCAGAAAUCCUCCACCAUCAAAUUCUGAAUAUUCUAGGUGUUCGUCAAUAUGAGAUUCACGGACAUUCGAUGGUUCCGAUCAAUGUUUUGCCACGUAAUCAUCUUCAUCGACAAAAUGCGAUUCGACGUGCUCAAGAUGGACGAGAUGCGCAUAACGCAGAACUUUUGUUGGAUCAACUUCGAUCUGGAAAUCGUCGACCACAUGGUGGACAUUUUGCGAUGAAUGUCAAUCCAUUUGCCAACACUCUUCGACAACAACAAACAACACAAUCAUCAUUCCUUGAUCGAAUUUUCGAGUUGAGCAAUGGCGCCGGUUUCCCCGGAAGAAUUCGAACCUAUGCGACACCGCAAUUUAGAGAUGACGAUAUGACGCGACAAAAUCGCACACAAAUGGUUUAUUCGUGUUUGGAGCGAUUGGAUUCAUAUGUUUCGAUAAUGGAGCCGAUUUCGAUUCGAUUUGUGUGUGCGAUUGUGAAUUCGCAAAUUUCGAGAGUGAUGAGAGAAAAAGAGGAGAAGGAGAAUGAGGCGAAAAAGAAGAAGGAGAAAGAGACAAAGAAGGCGACACCACCACCACCAAAAGUAGAAAAUUCGAAUGCGAAUUCGAAUGCAGAAGAGACUGAACGACCAGUUGAAGUUGUUAAUGCGCCAGAAAAUAAUGAAUAUGUGGCUGUUUUCAAUCCACCAAAUAGUGUUCCAGCGGAAUCGGUUCAACCAAUGGAAGUUGAUCAACCAGGUAGGAUUUUCUAGAAAUUUUGGGAUUUCAGAAAAAAAUCUGAAACAGCAAAUUUUCGACCUGAAAUUGGCCGAAAACAUGACAAAUUUCGAGCUGAAAUUGUCCAAAAACAUGAAAAUUUUCCACCUGAAAUUGUCCAAAACAUGAAAAAUUUCGACCUAAAAUUGUCCAAAAACAUGAAAAUUUCGACCUAAAAUUGGCCAAAAACAUGACAAAUUUCGAGCUGGAAUUCCAGAUUUCUAAAUAAAAAUCGAUCUGAAAUUGUCCAAAACACAAAAAAAUUCGACUUGAAAUUGUCCAAAAACAUGAAAAAUUUCGAUCUGAAAUUUAAGGUUCGAAAACUUUUGUAGAAAGUUUGCGAUUUUAGUUCCAAUUUCAACCUCAGAAAUAAACUGGAACAGAAAAUUUUCGACCUGGAAUUCCAGAAUGUUUUUAAAUCCCCAGAAGUGUUUUUUUUCCGAAAAAAAUCAUUGUAUUUUUCAGCUGAAGAAGUUGAAGUUCAAGCUGAAGUUCCAGCUCCAGCUCAAGCACCAGAACCUGCUGAAGUUCAAGUUCAAGAACUACCACAACCACCACAACCCCAACAGCCAUCAGAAGAAGUUCAAGUUGUUGAGCAACCUUCGAAUCCUUCUCCGCCAGCUGAAGAGCAACAACAAAAUCCAGAUUCGCCACCGCCGCGUGAACAAAAUGCGAUGCCUGAAGAAUAUCGAGCGAUUUUGGGUGAUAUCGAGAUUCCAGAUGGUGUUGAUCCGGCAUUUUUGGCGGCGUUGCCGGAAGAAAUGAGAACUGAAGUGAUUCGCGAUUAUCAGCGACAACAGCGAGCUGAAAGAGCUGCGAGACCGUUGGUUGUUGAGAAUAAUCCGCCAGCUGCAGCGGUUCCGGGUGCAGCGCCAGUUGAGGGAAAUGCGCCAGCAGCCGCUGCUGCACCACCAGCUGAUGUUCCGAUUGUUGAGCCGAUUAAUCAAGAGUUUUUGAAUGCGUUGCCACCGGAAUUGCAAGAGGAAGUUUUGGCGGAACACGAGAGAGCUGUGCGAGAAGCGGAAGAGAAUGCGAGACGAAGAAAUGUUCCAGCGGCGCCGGUUGCUGAAAUGGAUGGAGCUGCUGUGAUUGCGUCACUUCCAGCGAAUGAAAGAGCGCAAGUGCUGGCUGAGAUGGAUGAGACUGAAUUGGCGGGCCUGCCGCAAAAUAUGCAGGAUGAAGCGAGACGUGCGAGACAGCAGAAUAAUGAUCCGAAUAUGUUUAGAUAUCAACGAUUGUUGUUUAGAAGACAUCGAACGAAUCGAGGAGGCGGUGCACAUUCCACGGGUGGACCAAGUGGAAAUGGUGGAAUAUCGAUUGGACAACAUGCUGGAAGUGCGCAUCAGGCGAGCCUCACAACUACACAAUUGAUGGAUAAGGAUGCGAUUAUGACACUGUGUAUGUUGUAUUUGGUGGAUUCGAGAUUGUCUUAUGCACGACUCCAAAAGGUGCUUCGAAGUGUUUGUGUGAAUUCGGCGAGUUGCGAUUUUGUUAUCUGGUGUUUGUUGGCGCUUUUGGAUAAGGCGAGUGAAUCGAAUGCGGAUGACGAGGAGAUUUUGUCGAAUAUUCCGACGUGGUUGGAAUCGAUUACGGUCAGCGGUGUUGGACAUAAUGAACAGGCUGUUAGAAUAUCGGAGAAUUGUGCGAAGGUGUCGAUUCAUUCGAUGAUCUCCAUCACACUUUGUCGAAAUAUUCUUGAUUUGUUGGCGAUUAUCGCAAAAGCGUACCCGGGAAAUUUUUUGCCGGUUGCGCUUCGAAGUGGAACGAAGAACUCGGAUCCGGCGAAAGUUCAGCCGGGUUUUGAUGUGUUCUGGAGUAUGAUUCAGAAAUCGGCCGGAAAGAAAGAGUGGGCUGUUAAUGGAGAGCAAACGCUUGAGAAUUCGCCGCUCGCCAAAUUGUUGACGUAUUUGGAUAAGCAAACGAUUGCCAAGACUGGACUUUUACAUGAUCGAGUUUUGAAAGUGGCGAGUGCUGUGAGUUUUUUUUAUUACGGUGGUGGGGGCUUGACCAAUUUUUGAGCAAAAAUCGGAACUUUUUGGUAAAUUUUCAGCCAAUUUUUGACCAAAAAGGCACCAGUUCUUUUUUUUUUUAUCAAAAAAUUGACCGAAAUUUGGUUAAUCGAAGCUUUUUGGACAAUUUCCAGCCAAUUUUUGACCAAAAAAUGCACCAAUUCGUUUUUUUCGUGAAAAAAUUGACCAAAAUUUGGUCCAUCGAAGCUUUUUGGUCAAUGUUCAGCCAAUUUUUGACCAAAAGUGCACCAAUUCGUUUUUUCAUUAAAAAAAAUUACCGAAAUUUGUCCAAUCGAAGAUUUUUGGUCAAUUUUAAGACCCAAUUUUAAGACCAAAUCUUUAUCAAAAUUUGGCCAAGUUUUUGCUUAAAACAUUUUUUUUGCUCUAAAAUGAACCAAUUUUUCAACUUUUUUCCACCCCCCCCCCGUUAUUUUCAGAAAAACUUGAGAUAAUUUCAGAUCUUCCAAACUUUGCCGCAUGAUUCGAUGGAGAAAUUGUCGCUGAAACAAGACGAAAUUCCGAUCAAACAACAUUUGAAUUUUGUGAUUGAUAUUGUGACGAAAGGAAUUUGUUCGCCUGAUGGUUUGAAUGAUGGAUUGUGAGUUUUUUGGGGCUUGGAAUCACAAAAUUCGCUAAGAAAAUCAGUUUUUGAACGGAAAAUUUUGAAAAAUUCUACAAAAAAUGAGCGAUUUUGGAGAUAUUACUAUUAAAAAUCACUUUCCGAGCCCAUUUUUGUGAAAAACUUCAAAAAUCCUCUUCUUCAGAACACUUUUGGCUGAAUCGAUGAGAACAUUCUCCGAAGCAACAUCUCCAUUCAUCUACGAGCAAUUAUUCUCUGCAGUCUCACAACUUGGCUCCGAUUUGUUGCCGCAAAUUCGAAGAUUGAAUGAUGAAUUGACGGAAGCACAAAAAUCGGAAACACCAAUGGAUUCAUCUCCAUCAACAACAUCUGAACAACAGCCAACAACAUCGAAAACCAGUCAAUUGGUGGUGGAUACAAGUGGAUUUGGAAGAGUUGCACAUGGUCGAUUUGAUGGUGAACAAGUUGUGAUUGAUGGAGAGCAGAAUACGAGAUUGAUGAUGAGCUCGUGUAAGGAAUUGCAAUUGCCGGCGGUUACUGUGUUGACGGAUAAAGCUGGAGCACAAUAUUCGUUGUUGAGCUCAUUGCAAACUUUGGUCAAGGUUCGGAAUCAUAUGAAACAGAUUCGAUUGGAUAAGAAGAAGAGAUUGAAGGAGGAAGCGGAAAAGAAGAAGGUGGAUGAGAAGAAAUCGGAAGAGGGAACAAGUUCAAGUUCAGCAGAACCAUCAGCGAAAAUUGAGGAAAUUAUUGAAGAGGAGCCGAGAAUUUCGGAGAAAUUGGAAUCACUCAAUCCACUUUGGGAUUCCCUCUCCGAAUGUUUGAUGAAACUCGGCAAAGCCUCGGAUCCGCACGCGGUUUUGGCUCUUCAACCCGCUGCCGAAUCGUUCUUCUUGAUUUAUGCGUGUGAGACGACGAGAAAAGCGUCGGAAGAGGCGGCGAAACGCAAGGAGAGUGAGAUUGGUGGAGGAGAAACGUCGCCGAAAGAUGAGUUGGAUGCGGAUACGGCGAAAUUGGUCGAAUUUGCAGGUUUGUUGGGGAUUUUUUAAGGGAUCUGAUGAAUUUUUAGCUGAAAAUCAUGAAAUUUGAAGAAAAACGAGACGUUUUGACACAAAAUUGAUCAAAAUUAGCAAACGCGCUCCAUUGAACAUUUCCUGUUUUGUUGAAAAAUUCAAAUUUUCAUUUUUUUUUCUCUGAUCAAUUUUUAUGUGAAAAUCAUGAAUAUUGAAGAAAAACGAUGCAUUUUGACCCAAAAUUGAUCGAAAUUAGCAAACGCGCUCCAUUGAAAAUUCUCUGUUUUAUUGCAAAAUUUAAAUUUUCAUUUUUUUUUUCUCUCGUGAAUUUUCAGCUGAAAAACAUGAAAAUUGGAGAAAAACGAGGCGUUUUGACAGAAAAUUGAUCAAAAUUAGCAAACGCGCUCCAUUGAACAUUCUCUGUUUUCUUGAAAAAUUCAAAUUUUCAUAUUUUUUUCUCUGAUGAAUUUUCAGCUAUUUUUCAUCUGAAAAAAAAAUUCAACAAAUUUUUGAGCUCGCGAAUCCUACUCAAAAAUCCCAAUGUUUUUCCAGAAAAACAUCGUCAAGUGCUGAAUCAAGCUCUUCGUCAAAAUAAUGCAGUGCUCUCAGCUGGUGGACCAUUUGCAAUUCUAACACAGUUCCCCAAAUUGUUAGAUUUCGAUGUGAAGCGCAAAUAUUUCAGAAAAGAGUUGAAUAAAGCGGAGCCAGUGUAAGUUUAUUUCUUCUUGAAACCCAUAAAAACACGUGAUAUUUUGCAGAUAUCGUCGAAAUGAUGUGUCAGUUCAAGUGAAUCGUUCUCGCGUAUUUUCGGAUUCAUUCCGCGAAUUGUUCCGUCUUCGACCAUCCGAAUGGAAGAAUCGAUUCUACAUCAUUUUCCAAGGUGAAGAAGGUCAAGAUGCUGGUGGAUUAUUGAGAGAAUGGUUUUCGGUGAUCACUCGUGAAAUUUUCAAUCCCAAUUAUGCGUUGUUCAUCACUGCGCCAGGUGAUAUGGUCACUUAUAUGAUCAAUAAAGCAUCGUAUAUUAAUCCGGAACAUUUGGAUUAUUUCAAGGUAUGUCUUCUGGGGUGCUUUUGUUGAAAUUAUCAUGGUCCCUAGAGAGAUUUUUCUAAUGGGGUGAUUCAAAAAAAUUCCGAUGUCAAAAAACCCCACAAAAAUGAAAAAUAUCAAAAUUUUUCAAUGCAAAAAAUUUAAAAAAUAAUUUUUGUUAAAAAAUGUUUAAAAAAUCCUCUUUCUCCCCCCAAAAAAAUCCAUAUUUUUUCUAGUUUGUUGGACGUUUGAUUGCCAAAUCAGUCUAUGAUCACAAGUAUCUCGAUUGUUACUUUACCCGUGCAUUCUACAAACAUAUCCUCAACUUACCUGUCCGUUAUCAAGAUUUGGAAAGUGAAGAUCCAGCGUUCUUCAAAUCGCUCGAAUUCCUUCUCCAAAAUCCAAUCGAUGAUCUUGGUUUGGAUUUGUUCUUCUCAACAGAAGUUGAAGAGUUUGGUGUUCGUUCAACUCGAGAUUUGAAACCAAAUGGUCGACAAAUUGAAGUGACUGAUGCGAAUAAAGAGGAAUAUGUCAAAUUGAUUUGUCAAACGAAAAUGACUGGUUCGAUUCAGAAACAAUUGGAUGCGUUCCUUCAAGGUUUCUAUGAAAUUAUCCCCAAAGAUUUGAUAUCAAUGUUCAAUGAACAAGAAUUGGAAUUGUUGAUUUCCGGUUUGCCGACUGUUGAUAUUGAUGAUUUGGCAGCGAAUACCGAAUAUAAAGGAUAUCAAAAGAGUAGUGUACAAGUUCAAUGGUUCUGGAGAGCUUUGAGAUCGUUUGAGAAAGAGGAUAAGGCGAAAUUCUUGCAAUUUGUCACUGGAACAUCUAAGGUUUGUUGUUUUUUUGGGGGGAAAAUGGGGGAAUUUUUGAGGUUUCGCGGAAAAAUUACGUUUUCUGAAUUUUUGAAUGAAUUUCUAGCUCAUUUAAACGAAAAUUUAAAAAAAAUAAUUGAACAUUUUGAGAAAUUUGAAUUUUUAAGCUCCCACGUCAAAAUGAACGAUUUUUUUGAAAUCAAAAUGAACUUUGAAUCGCCACGUCAUAGCUCACGUUAAAAAAUCCAAACAAUUUUUUAUAAAUUUCUAUUUUUGAAAUUCCAAUGUUUUUUCUGAACAAGUUUUAUUAAAUUAUGAAAAAUUUAAAAAUUUUCAAUUUCAGGUCAAAAGUCCAUAAUUUCAGGCUGAACAUUAGGGAUUUUGACCCAAAAAUUCACAAAAAAAUUUUGAGAAAUUUGAAUUUUUGAAUUUCCGCAUCAAAAUGAACCGUCUUUGAACAAAUUUUCGAUAUUUUUCAAAUGAAAAUGUACUUUGAAUUGCCACGCCAUAGAUCACGUUAAAAAUUACAAAAUUUUUUUAUAAAUUGCUAUUUUGAAUUUUCCAAAUCAUAAGUUAUUGAAAAUCAAAUAAAAAAAUAUUUUUCAAAAUAGAAUCCAAAAACAAAAUCUGCAUUUCUUGCAGGUGCCACUACAAGGAUUCGCCACACUCGAAGGAAUGAACGGAACUCAGCGAUUCAGUCUUCACAUGGACAGUCGAGGAGGUGAUCGUCUUCCAGCUGCACAUACUUGGUUAGUUUUCUAGAAUUUCAAGAUUUUCAGCUUGUGAAACCCCUAAUUUUUCUUGCAGCUUCAAUCAAUUGGAUCUUCCACAAUACGAGAGUUAUGAGAAGUUGCGCGACAGUCUUCUUCUCGCAAUUCGCGAAUGUACAGAAGGAUUCGGAUUCGCCUAA